AUUACGUCUCUCUACGUCAGCGAGAGAUCGCCAUCUGAAACUACACUUCAAUUUUCAUGUGAUUCACAGGAAUUUGAGCUUUGAUUAUGCGUCAUAGGAGUUUAUAGAGAUGCGAAUGUGUGAAAAAGAGUGGAUCGAUGGUUGCGGAGGUUGUAGUUGGGCAUGUAACGCCCUCUAACGGGGAUGCGACUUGCCCGCCAGUGUACGGGUCUCGUGGCCGGUGCCCGGGCGUGUACGGAGUCCCAGCGGCUCUAGGGCGCUGAGCGCCGAUCCCGGACCGAGACAUUACUGGGGCAUGUCAAUCAAGCUCUCGGAAACUUCGGAUAUUCUAACAAGUGUGUGUACGAUACAACACAAGUGUUCCCGUUAGUGCACAGCUGCACAACACGCGCUUGUAGUCGUUCUUCAAGCCAGCCUCACUGCAGUCCGUAUGAUAUGCGCCGGCGCACUGUGACACGCCCGCAUCGCCACGCGUCCCCAGAGGAGCGAUAACCGACCUCCUCUACUUUGCCAAGUUUCGAUUUCAACAACGCUCUCACUCCGUAGUCGCCCGUCUGCCGCAGCAGACGACUGUGCGAGACGCCCCGCGUGAUGCUAUCUGCCUUGCAGUACUGGCAACACGUACGAAUUGCGGUCUAACUUUAAAAGUGAAGUUUGUUUGACACGAUAUUUCAAAUGUAAACAAAGCUUUCAAGUAAACUGUGAAAAAUUGUUAUAAGUUCUAAGUGUAAGGAUAGAAAGUGUAGGUGAAAUAGUGUAAGAUGACGUCGCGUUCAAAGGAAAAGGUGGCGGCUGCAUUCCGGAAGCUAUUCCGAUCUCCGGAGAAGCUGGACAAUGAGGGCGCCGGGCCCAGCGGCUCGCCCGCAAGGGGCCGGGGCCUGCUGAGACGACACAGAGACGGCGUCAGUCCAGCAGAAGCGGCCGCCAGCUUGCCAGCGAGCCCUGGCGCCGCGGCGCUGGUCAAGAAGAAGGCCGCAGGAGCGACCGAAGCGCGGGAGCGUGCAGCCGCCGUGCGGACACGAAGAUUGAUGAAGGAACUCAAAGAAAUCCAGCGGUUGCAGGACAACAGGCCUGAUCCUGUUUUCACGGUGGAGUUGGUGAACGACAACCUAUUCGAAUGGCACGUGCGGUUACACCAGAUCGACCCCGAGAGCGAGCUGGCUGGUGACCUGCGAGAGCUUCAAAUACAACACAUACUGCUGCACCUCGUCUUCCCUGAGAACUUCCCCUUCGCGCCGCCUUUCAUGAGGGUCAUCGAGCCGCGAAUAGAGAAGGGCUUCGUCAUGGAAGGAGGCGCAAUUUGCAUGGAGCUGUUGACACCUCGAGGGUGGGCGUCUGCUUACACUGUAGAAGCUGUGGUCAUGCAGUUCGCAGCGUCCGUGGUGAAAGGGCAGGGCCGAGUUGCGCGGGCGCCGCCUCGACCCUCCAGAGAAUUCUCGCGACGGCGCGCGGAGGAGGCCUUCCGUUCGCUAGUGAAGACACACGAUAAAUAUGGCUGGGUCACGCCGGCCCUCUCUGAUGGUUGAAGCAAGGUGGUGCUGGUCAACUGUACCUAAUGCAGAAUUGAUCUCCUUUAGAUUUAUUUAGAAUUAAUUUACUAGUGCAAUUUUUUUAAUGCUGUGUUCUGUAUAAUUUAGUUGACUAUUAAUUUACUCAAGUGAAAGCCCCUAAUGUAAC